AUGACUUUCGCACUGCAGCUCCCAAGUGAAUACGGCUACGUCCUGACGGUGGCCUCGGCCUCGCUUUUCGUCAACACGUACCAUUUCGUCCUCAGUGGGAAGGCACGCACAGCGAGUGGCCUUAGAUACCCCAUCCCGUACGCCGCCGCCGAGCACGCCGCUAAGGACCCGGCUGCGUACAAAUUCAACUGCGUCCAGCGUGCCCACGGCAACUUUGUCGAGAACUACACACCUUUUCUGGGCGCCCUGCUCAUUUCUGGCCUGCGCUUCCCCGUUGCCAGCGCCGCCUGCGGCGCUGCCUGGGUUCUCGGCCGCGUUUGGUAUGCAGCAGGGUACAUGCGCAGGGGUCCCGAAGGUCGGGUGAACGGCUUCCGCCUGUCUUUUUACCCAGAUCUGGUCUUGAAGUUUCUGGCUACAUGGACAAGCGUACAGAUGGCCAUGGAGGCGGCAUAG